ACAUAAUCCCCGUAAUGUUUAAUUUAGAUUUUAAACAUGUUCUCAAAGUACACCACUGCUACUGUAUGUGUAUAUUACAGCUUGUUUAUAAAAUCAAAAAGUAUGAAGUUCACUAGAACUUAUGGAUACAGAACUUGCAUGAUAGGGAACUAAAAUGUCCUAGGAUAUCUUACUUGGCAAUCAAUGAUUCAGUUUGCAAGUAUAACGAUGGGAAAAGAAAAGGGCAACUCCUCUCAUGUCAAAUCAGAAAUUCAAGAUGAUAAUCCUUCUGAUUUGGUGGAUGAUGAAAACACCCAGUUUUCUCUAGAUCCAAAGCUGCAAAUGUAUCUUGCACAGAUGUCACAGGAAUCAGGAUGCUGGGGAAAGUUCUUUCCGAUACCUUUUGAGAGGGCUGCACAUAAGUCAUGGUGGGAUCCGACAUUUGACUCGGAAAUACUUGAAGAGCAAUACAGGAAGAGCUCCAAUACCAGAAACAAAAUCAAAUUCAGGCAUGCUUUAUUGUACCUGAUAGUAAUCUCAACAACAUGGCUAGUCUAUUUCUUCAUUGCUGGCCUUCUGGGAGAUAAACGCCAUUGGCCUAUAGUGUGUGGACUUCUGCUAGUACUGAUCAUCUGCCUGGUGGGAUUUCAUCUCUUCACCUACACACUUGUAUACGAUCGAAACAUAAUCUUUUUGACAUUGGCCAUGUCUAUUUUGCUAGCAGUACUGAGCCUACUAUUUUUAAUCAUAACUCAACCACCUCCGAUCGGAAAUUUCUCGCUCUGCAUCCAACUGCUCUUCCUCAUAUACACCCUGGUACCGUUAAAACUGUAUGUCAGCCUAAUGUUGGGUAUUUGUUACUCGCUUGCUUUCGAAUCAAUCGUUUAUUAUCUCCAACAAGACGAGAGUAAUGCUGUGCCGGCGUGUGCCAUGAGGUUGCUAUGCCAUUUGGGUAUACAUCUCAUGGGGUUCCACAUAGGUUUAAUGAACAUCGUUCGAAUGAGAAACACAUUUAUGAAGGUUGGACAGAGUUUGCUGGUACGUCGACAACUGGAACUAGAGAAGAAGUUGAAGGAGAACAUGAUUCAUUCGUUGAUGCCCAAGAGCGUCGCUGAUUGGCUGAAGAAAGAAGAUGAAAUUCUUAUGAGGAGGCAGUCGUCCGAUUCUACUAACGAUAUUAGGUCGAUUUUUCGUCCGUUCAAUAUGGAUCAUAUGGAAAACGUCAGCAUUUUAUUCGCCGAUAUCGUGGGUUUCACAAAGAUGUCCAGCAAUAAAAGUGCUGAGGAAUUGGUCGACAUUCUCAAUAGCUUGUUUCAGCGGUUUGAUUCGUUAUGUAAGGUGCAUAACUGCGAAAAAAUAUCCACUUUAGGCGAUUGUUAUUAUUGUGUUAGCGGAUGUCCGGAAGCCAGAGCUGACCAUGCUCAGUGCACAGUCGAAAUGGGGCUCAGCAUGAUAAAAGCUAUCAAACAAUUCGACGAAGAAAGAAAGGAAGGAGUCAAUAUGCGAGUGGGAAUUCACACGGGUACGAUUCUCUGCGGUAUCGUCGGGACCAGGAGGUUCAAAUUCGAUGUGUGGAGCAAUGAUGUCACUUUGGCUAACAAGAUGGAGUCAACCGGCAGGCCUGGGAUGGUCCACGUUUCUGAAAAAACUGUUAAUUUCCUCCAGGAUAUGUAUUUGUUGGAAGAUGGUGAGGAUGUUAUGGGAUUGAAAACGUUCUUCAUUUUAGGCAGCAAAAACGAUAAAACUCCAACCUACAGUGGUUCUUUUCGAGCAGAAGGCCGUCAGAAAUAUGCCAACUCACUCCAACUUUUCGUUUCUCCUCCUCCGUGUCCUAGUAUCGUAAAGUCUUCUCCCAUACGUCCCAGAGUACUUUCCUGUGAUACUUCUUCGAAUUACAUUAAGCCGCAGCAACAAUCACAGCAUCUGCUCUCUCCGGACGUCUGCAAAAUCAAAGCAAGCAGCCUUCCGAGCAUUCUGGAUAUGGAAAGUGAUGAAAGUGUUUGUAUUAGCGGAAAGACAAACAAUUCUUGUUUCGCGGACGAUAUCAAAACGCCUACCAGCACCGCAAGUUCCGGAAAAUACACGGUCAAGUUGAAAAACUGGAAGAAGAUGCCGAAGUUCAUGAGGAAGUUGUCUGAUCAACGGCAGGAUGUAGAGGUGGAUGUUUUUGUUGUCUCUCCUUUAUCUCCUUCAGAAGAUGGGUACCAGCAAGUUCCUACUAUCAUCGAAGCCAACGUUAACGGCAAUAAAAAAGAUUCCUUUAUUAGCAUUACGAAAAACGACGGGGAAGAUCUCCUGAAAGACAACCUCGAUAUAAAGUCCUACAUAAGUCAGUCCCGAAGUGACAUCGGCCAAUUCGAUUUUUCAUCGAACACUGAGUUUAUGAGAAGCGGCAGCUACAGAUCCCAGUACGGUAGGUCGCCUUUGGGCGACUUUCAGUUCUUACAACGAUCGGGAAGCAAUAGGUCUCGCAGAGGAAGAUCUCCCAUGCUGGAAGGGCUGGAGCCUAGAGAGAGAGCUAGGAGCGCCACGGUGACCGCUGUAAACAUACAGAGACCGAAGAGGUCCUUGGAUUUUCCUAGCAAGUUGUCGAGCUUUGCUUGCCUCGAGGAGAACAUCACUCACAGCAGGAAGGACUCGGGAAUAAAGAGCAACAGCAGAAGAAGCAGUAUACAGAUCGACAACCCCCUGAACUCAGAAAUGCUGCAACACCGUGUCUCCGGAUAUUAUACAUCAAGCCAGUGCUCAAUCAACAUCCCACAAGUGCCAAGAAACUGCGGACCAUUUUUUGAUAAGUUUGGUACAAGCAUACAAAAUUUGCGCAAACAAUCAGACAGACAGUUGAUCAAAUGUGUUCAAGAUAAUUCCAAAUCCCGCUCUUCAUACUUCAUGAAACCUCCGCUCUCCAGAGUGACUCUGUUCUUCAAAGAUCCUGACAUGGAGAAGAAGUACCGCGAGAACGUCCAUCACAUAGGCAAGAGAGAUGAACGGGCAAUAUCGACGCUCGCACACUCGAACUUCAAUACUUACCUGGACGUGAUCGUGUCUGUACAAGUGUUCCUGUUCGUUUCGAUCGCCGCCGCUUUGGUAUACGGUUUCACGGACAUCUGGUUGGUAACAUUCUUCGUGUUGUCUGCUUCACAGUUGCUCGGGCUGGCGCUGUGCCUGAAGCCGAUCGUGAGGUGGUUCGACAGGGUGUUCUGGUGCUUCAUCAGAUUCUACCGCUGGAACAUCUUCGGAGCCGUACUCGUCAUCUUGCCUCUGAUUUCGGCCGUAGCGAAUUUCUCCAACGCGAAAGACCGCUCUGCCAGCCACGUAAACCUGUAUAGUUAUCUGCUGUUUGUCGGACUCAUGCACUUCUGCAACUUUACUCAGCUGAACUGCUGGAUGAAAAACAUACUCGCGAGCGUGAGCAGCUUUGCCAUGGUGAUCAUUUUCGUUAGGAUUCCAUGCAAUAAUGAAGAAAUUAUUAUGGGGGAACCGAUGAGAAACGAAUCCGUGGUAGCCGAUUUUUUCAACGUGACGGAUGUGCCAAGAACUUACAACAUGUCGUGCAAUUUUCAUAAGGCGGAGAUGGUUCUGAACCUGCUCAUUCUUGUUAUACUGAUUUGGGUGUUGACUAGAGACUUUGAGACCAGAUAUCGUCUGAGCUUCCACGCGAAUUUCGUCGCCAAUAGAGACAAAAACAAAGUACAGAGCCUCAAGAACCAGGCGGAUUACCUCAUCUACAACAUCGUCCCGAAGCACGUCGCUGAACUGCUGAAGAAAGACGCGAAAUACUCGGAGAACUUCAAGAACGUUGCGAUAAUAUUCGCGAGCAUCGUCAACUUCAACGAGAUGUACGAUGAGAGCUACGAAGGCGGCAGGGAAUACCUGCGGGUUCUGAACGAGCUCAUCGGCGACUUUGACGAGCUUCUCGACCGAGACGAAUUCCACACCGUCGAGAAAAUAAAAACGAUCGGUUCGACUUUCAUGGCGGCCAGCGGUCUAAACUCGCGCAAGAGACAGCAGCAGAAGGACCCUAACGAACAUCUGUACGCGCUGAUGGAUUUCGCUCUAGAGAUGCAGAAGGUGGUGCACGCGUUUAACAGAGACCUCCUAGGCUUUGACUUGGAGUUGCGGGUGGGGUACAACUUCGGGGAUGUUACGGCUGCUGUCAUAGGAAACACCAAGCUCUACUAUGACAUUUGGGGGGACGCCGUGAACAUUGCUUCUCGAAUGGACAGCACCGGAAAAAACGGUAGGAUACAGGUAGGCGAGAACUGUCUCGAGAUUUUACAAGAGAAAUACGAGUUCGAACCGAGAGGAUCGGUUUAUGUCAAAGGCAAGGAUAAUAUGAACGUUUAUUUCGUCAAAAAGAAAAAAACUUCGACGUUCCUCUCGGUUCCUGACUCGUGAAUGUGAUUUCUAGUGAGACGAUGGAGUACCUUUCACCUGGCUGUAGAGGUCUAUGUUUGAGCGUUGAUUUAUCUAUGAGUAGUUCGUGAUAGAAGCGAAUCUGUUGAGAAAUUAUGGAGGCUGUUCUGAUCGGUUAAAUCAAUGGCAGUGUUGCAUUUUAUUACCCAUAUGAUGCAAGGUAGAGUCAGAGAAAACAUUUAACUCUUCAAUUAAAAAACAUAACCCAUAUCCGAUAUCGUUCAGUUUGGAUUAUUAUCACAUGCUUUGGUAAUGCUUUUUUCUACUUCUCCAUCUUUAUACAAAAAAAUGUGGGAAUCUUCCGAAAGAAGGAAGAAAGCAAAUAAUUCCAAA